ACGUGUUGAUAUGUUUACGUUAUGUUCGAGCUAGAAAUGGACGAGAGAAAGAAAUUGAUUAAUUCUGCAAAUACAUGUGUUAGAGAUAGUUUGAAAGGAUUCAUUGCUGCUAAUGUUGGCCUUAGGUUAAUCGAAAAUGCUAAUAUAGUUGUCAGACACGAUUUAGAAGAAGUGAAGAGAUCGAAUAAAGUCACGUUGAUAUCGGGGGGAGGAUCUGGCCAUGAACCCGCAAUGGCUGGUUAUGUUGGCUUGGGAAUGUUAACAGCCUGUGUUCAAGGUGAAAUUUUUACAUCCCCUCCAGCAGCAGUAAUUUUGAAUUGUAUAAGAAUUGUAGCUCAAAAUAAUCCAGCUGGCACACUGGUUAUAUUGCUAAAUUAUACAGGUGAUAGACUCAAUUUUGGAUUGGCAGUUGAACGUGCCAAAAUUGAGGGUUUGUUGGUUGAUACGUUCAUUGUCAAUGAAGAUUGUGCCUUAGUUAGUAAAGACAAGACGGCAGGAAGAAGAGGACUAUGUGGUGCUGUUUUAAUCUAUAAAAUUGCUGGAGCUAUGGCGGAAGAAGGUCGAUCGCUUUGCGAAAUAAAGUCAGCCCUAACUAGAAAGUUAUCUGAAAUGGGAACAAUUGGAAUCAGUCUUUCUGCGUGUAGCACACCAAGUAGUGGAAAGUUAUUCAAAAUAAAUUUUGAUGAAAUGGAACUUGGUUUAGGAAUACAUGGAGAAGCAGGAAUUUCAAGGUUAAAAGUUUGUUCUGCUUCAGAAGUUGUUCAUAUAAUGUUUAAUCACAUGACAAGAGAAGACUCUGCAUCUCGACUUAAAAUUGCUUCUGGCGAUCAUUUAUGUCUUGUUGUAAAUAAUUUGGGUGGAUUGUCUCAAUUAGAAAUGAACAUUAUGACUAAAGAAGCUGUUGAAUAUUUGGAAAAUAUUGGUGCAGUGGUUACUAGAGUAUACUGUGGAACUUUCGUUACCUCAUUGGAGAUGGCCGGUGUCUCUCUAACUGUUUUUAAAGUAGAUAAAACUGAUUUAUUUUAUUUGGAUGACCAUACAGAAGCAUCCUCUUGGAUAAAAUCAUUUUUGCCUGAGAACAAAGUGAGACAAACACCAUCUCUAAAACCUGUCUCAGAUUUUGUUGUGAGCAAAGUUUCUGAAGAUUUUGGUCCCAAACUCAGUCCUUUUGGCUGUGAUUUAUUUAACCAUGCACUGCAAACUGCUUGUCAGGCAAUAAUAUCUAGUGAAAGACAACUCAAUGAAUUAGAUAAAGAAGGUGGAGAUGGUGACUGUGGAUCAACUUUGAAAAGAGGAGCUGAAGAAAUUUUGAGUAACUUAAACAAAUUUCCUACAUUGUAUCCAAAAGAAACAUUGUUCAGACUCGCGCAUUGUGCCGAGAUGUCCAUGGGUGGGUGUUCUGGUGGUCUAUAUGGAUUAUUCUUUACUGGUGCUGCUCAAGCAUUUAAAAUUGAUUGCAGUCCUAAAACUUGGUGCCAAGCUAUAAAUUUAGGAGUAAAUAUGAUGAAGAAAUAUGGAGAAGCAGAAGAAGGAGAUAGAACUAUGUUAGAUGCUCUUAUACCAGCGUGUGCCAGUCUUCGUUUGCAUCUCGUUAAUGAUGGAAAUCAGUUAGAUGCUUUGGGAGCAGCAGUGAAGUCGGCUGAAACUUCUGCCGCGGCCACGGCCGAAUUGAGGGCCAGGGCCGGCAGGGCAAGCUAUGUCAAUUCGGACCUGUUAAAGUCUCCUGACCCCGGAGCCCACGCCGUUGGCAUUUGGAUGAGAGCAGUCUUCGAAGGGAUCAAACAAAAAGUGAAAGCACUUCCAAAGUAAAGCAUAUUAAAUAGUUAUUUUUGGUGUUUUAAUCAUUCCAAUGGAAAUAAAUUUGUAUUCAAGAUUAUUUUUAU